AUGUCGGACGACGGGACGUCUUAUACAGAUGCAAUUUCAUUUAUUUCUCCCGAAUCAAGGAACGAAGCGAACGUGAACGAUCACGACAAAGAAAAUACUGAAGAAACCUCUGAAGGAGCUGCUAAGGACUCUGAACAAGCAAACCAGACCUACACAUUAAGGCCGCGUGAUCGCAAGAUGACCCCGAAAGGUUUAGAUUGGCAAGUCGAUAAGAUAUGCUCAGACUUUAAGCUUCAUGUUUCAAGAUGGCGGAAGUGUGCCUCUUCUAUUGAAAUUCUUAUCUCGGAUUCGAGUGAUACCAAGCACAUUAGACGAGAAAGAGACAUUCUUAUGAACAUUAUGACUACUCUAAGUGAAAUUUAUGAUAGGCUGAAACAAACACUUACCAAUGAAGAAGAUGUGAAGUACAGAGACUUAUUAGAUCAGUAUCAGGGAAGAUUAGAGAUUACUUCUGGAGAUAAUCAUACAUUAAUGAGAGACAUCUCAAACUGUUUAAGAGAACUAGAGUGUGACUCGGUUUCCAGGGCUUCGGGUAGAUCACACAACAGUCGUACAUCAAGGUCAUCGAGGCAUUCCAAUACGUCCCGGGGUUCUAGAGAGUCGAUAGAUACAGUCAUAGAGGCAGCGGCCCUGAAGACAAAACUGAAGUAUAUUGACACGGAGGCAAAACACAAAGCAGACCUUGAAAGGAUCAGAGUCCAGAAGGAGCUUGAUAUAGCCCAGGCUAAGUUAGAAGCACUUGAGACUUUGGAGGAUACUGGACCAUUCUUAUACAGUGACUUUAAACAUUCCGUCCCGGAGCUUGACUCCAAGGAGCAUGUUAAAAGAUUUAUUGAUACUCAGGUCAGGCCAGAAGAGGAUAAGGCCAAGAUAAAACCAGUGUCUCAAGCGCCUCCAAUUCUGCAUAGGAACCUCAUGCUGCCUACGUUCACUUCUCCACAAACACAGCAGGAAAAUGUUGCCACCAGUAAUGCAUCAAGAGUUCCGCUAAGCAACGUAGACUUGCAGUCACUUAGUAAUCCUACACCGCCUAGUAGUGGUCUUAGACCAACGGAGCAAGGCUUAUUAGAUCUGGCUACUUCACUAGCGAAGCAAACACUCAUAGAACAACGUCAGAUUCCAGCAUCAGAAAGGAUUCAUUACUUAAAGAAGUAUCUGGGUGGAUCAGUUAAAGACGUUGUAGAAAACUAUUUUCUACUGUCGACAGAUGAUGCAUAUGAGGAGGCGAAAGGACUAUUAGAACAAAGAUAUGGUAAUGCGUUUGUUGUUGCCAAUGCAUUCCGAGACAAACUGGAGAAAUGGCCGAAGGUAGGACCAAGAGAUGGUGUUGGGCUGCAGAGAUUCGGCGACUUUCUCAAACAGUGCUACACAGCUAUGCAGAGCAUUGGGAGCUUAAACAUCCUCAACGACGAGAGAGAAAACAGACGAUUACUAAGCAAACUACCAGACUGGCUAGUAACAAGAUGGGGUAGAAUUGCCACUCAAUACAAAGAAGAGAGGAUGGAAUUUCCUCCGUUUAAGAACUUCAUGGACUUCAUAGUUAAAGAAGCUAAGAUUGCAACAGAUCCUAUAACCUCGAUAGAGUCUGUGAAGAAGUCUGAACUCGCCCAUACAGAGCCGAGUAAACCACGACCUGAUUUCAAGGCACGACAGCGAGGUACAGCUGACUAUGGAAAACGGUCUUUCCUGACAGAUGUUGAUGAGGAUCAGGUUGCAAAUGAAGUGUCGUCAGAGAAAAAGUGCAGAACUUGUUCCAAGUUCCACCCGUCAUCCUUACAUGGGGACGUAUAUCAACGAGGACAGCACCAGAUGGUGGAGGAUAUUAAGACAGUAGUGUCAAAGGAGAGUCCAUCAGGAACAACACUCAUGAAUCACUCUGGAGCAUCUAGUAAAAGUACCAUGAUACUUCCAGUGUAUGUUUCACAUAAAGAGAACCCAGAUAGAGAGAGGUUAGUUUAUGCACUACUCGACAUACAGUCGGAUACCACCUUUAUUCUAGACAAGACUUCAAAGGCCCUUGGACUUGAAGGAAAACCUGUGAAGCUCAUGCUUUCUACCAUGUAUGCAGAGAAUAAAGCUGUAGAUAGUUGUAAGAUUGGAGGACUUCUUGUGCGUGGUUUCAACAGUGAACAUAGGAUACCAUUACCGGAAACGUACACAAGAGAGAUCAUGCCUGCCAACAGAUCUCAUAUUCCGACACCGGAAAUUGCAAGAAGAUGGCCUCACUUGGAGGUUAUUGCAGAUGAACUUCUACCUCUUGCUGAUUGCGAGGUUGGAUUACUUAUUGGCUACAACUGCGUGAAGGCUUUGACGCCUAGAGAUGUUAUCGUUCCAUCCGUAGACGGACCUUAUGGUCAACGCACUGACUUGGGGUGGAGUGUAAUAGGCAUAGUAGAGAAUGACUGUUCAACGGAAUGGGAUGAGGACCCCAUAGGAAUUAGUCAUCGUAUUGUUGCGUGCGAUGUGCCUACAGAACUUUGCAGAUCUGAAGUUUCAAGACCAGACCAUGUUGUAUUUUCCUUAAGGAACAAGAUAAAGGAAGUAAUCAACCCUGAAGAGGUAGUUAGGAUGCUUGAAGUGGACUUUAGCGAGAACUCAAAUAGUUCUAAACACAUUUCCUAUGAAGACAGAAAAUUUCUGGAUGCCAUGGAAAAGGGGAUUCAUAAGCUGGAUGGGCAUUAUGAAAUGCCAUUACCUUUCCGAGAAGCUAUGCCAUACCUGAGCAAUAAUAGAGACAUGGCAUUACAGCGACUGCAACAUUUGCGGAACCGAUUUGCAAAGGAUGCACAGUAUUGCGAGCAUUACAUUUCCUUCAUGAGAGAAUUGAUUUUGAAGGGUUUCGCAGAAAGAGUACCGGAAAAGGAAAUCAACGUUGAUAGUGGACAAGCAUGGUACAUUCCACACCAUGGUGUGUAUCAUCCGCAAAAACCAGGAAAGUUGCGUGUAGUCUUUGAUUGCAGUGCGAAGUAUAUGGGCCAGUCAUUAAAUGACCAUCUGCUACAAGGACCUGAUAUGAUGAAUAUGCUUGUUGGAGUUUUGUGUCGUUUCCGCAAAGAGCCUGUUGCCUUUGUUUGCGAUAUUGAGCAGAUGUUUCACCAGUUCAAGGUGAAUGUGGAGCACAGAAAUUAUCUACGAUUCCUGUGGUGGGAUGACGGCAAUUUCAGUAAGGAUCCUACUACUUACCGGAUGACGGUACACCUGUUUGGGGCAGUGUCCUCCCCAGGAUGCGCCAACUUUGGCCUGAGACAAGCUGCUACUGAUGGAGAACUUCAGUUUGGAUCUGAUGUUGCGAACUUUAUCAAACGAGACUUCUAUGUUGAUGACGGACUGAAGUCGGUCGCUACUCCAGAGGAAGCCAUAAGCCUUAUAGAGAGAAGCAAAGAGUUAUGCUGUGGAAGUGGUUUGAGAUUACACAAAUUCCUCUCAAACUCGAAGGAAGUUUUGGAGAGCAUUUCAGCUGACGAUAGGGCAAAGGGACUAGCAGGUAUUGACAUACAUCAGGACAAACUUCCCAUUGAGAGAACUCUAGGUAUCCAGUGGUGUAUUCAGACAGAUGCAUUCCAGUUCAAGAUUACCCCGAAGGACCGUCCCCUUACUAGACGAGGUGUUCUUUCGACGUUAAGUUCCGUAUACGAUCCACUUGGAUUCAUUGCGCCUUUUGUCCUAGUUGGGAAACAAAUCUUGCAGGAAAUGUGUAGAAACCAAACAGAUUGGGAUAGUCCUCUACCAGAGAACUUGCGACCCAGAUGGAGAUGUUGGAGGGAUGAUCUCGAGAAGCUUGGUUCCUUGGAAAUCAAGAGAUGUCUGAAACCUGAGAACUUUGGAGAUGUCGUAGUGGCCGAACUACACCAUUUAUCAGAUGCAAGCACUAUUGGUUAUGGCCAGUGCUCAUAUCUUCGCCUUAUAGAUGACAAGCAACAAGUACAUUGCUCUUUAGUUAUGGCCAAAUCCAGAGUCACGCCACUGAAGCAAGUUACUGUACCUCGUUUGGAACUUACUGCUGCUCUCGUUUCUGUUAAAGUCAGCUCCCAACUUCUAGAAGAGCUCGAAAUUAGCAAUGUCGUUGAAUGGUUCUGGACAGAUAGUACUGUUGUCCUUGGAUACAUUGCUAAUGAUUCUCGGCGUUUUCACGUUUUUGUCGCCAACAGACUUCAACAGAUUCGUGACCGCACGGAACCCUGUCAGUGGAACUACAUCAGUUCAGCAGAGAACCCAGCAGACAUAGCAUCACGUGGAAUUACAGCUGCUGAGUUACGAAACAGGAAGGAAUGGUUCAGAGGACCCAAUUUUCUAUGGGAGUCCAGUUUACCAUUUUCUGGUCAACCUGUUAGCAAGCCAAGUAUAUCAGAGGACGAUCCUGAGGUUAAGCGUUGCCAGGUGUUUGAGACGAAGGUGGAACCUACUGAAUAUACGUCACUAAUUGACUAUUUAGAACGUUGUUCUGAUUGGAAUCGUGCCAAGAGACUCAUAGCAAACUGUCUUAAGUUCAAGACGUUGCUUAGAAAGAUUCCUUGUCAGAAGGCAACAGAUGCAGUGCCUUCAAAGGAGCAAGGAUUGCCUGUAGCUUUAUUAGAGGAAGCAGAAUUGGCCAUUGUGAGAUUAGUCCAGAAAGAGGCUUUUAGUGAAGAAUUGAAAAUUCUGAACAACACCAAGGGAUGUGAAGAUGUUAACAGAAAGAAGUCUGUUCGAAAAACAUCCUCCCUUUACCGACUCGAUCCAUUUCUGGAUAAUAAUGAUGUUUUACGAGUUGGAGGUCGUUUGCAGAAGGGAGAAUUUACGUCUUAUGUUAAGCACCCAAUCAUUUUACCAAGGAAGUCGCAUGUUACAAGGCUUAUCAUCAGACACUUUCAUGAACGCAGCAGACACCAAGGACGAAGUAUCACAACCAAUGAGAUUAGAUCAAAUGGUUAUUGGAUUAUUGGCUGCAGUUCUGCUGUGUACAGUCUCAUUUCAAGAUGCGUGAAAUGUCGUAAACGUCGCAGUCAAACACUGGAUCAGAAAAUGAGCGACCUACCUGCUGACAGACUUGCAGCAGAGGCACCCUUUACGUACAGUGGGGUAGACUUCUUCGGACCAUUCUACAUCAAAGAAGGGAGAAAAGAAUUGAAGAGAUAUGGAGUUUUGUUCACAUGUAUGUCUUCAAGAGGGGUGCAUCUAGAGACCGCAAACUCUCUCGACACCAGUUCAUUUAUCAAUGCUCUGCGCAGAUUUCUGUCGAUACGUGGACCAGUAAAACAAUUGAGAUCAGAUAGAGGUACUAACUUUGUCGGGACUGAGAGAGAACUCAGAGAAUCUCUAGAAGAACUAGACGACAGUCGCCUGAAGCAGUUUCUAACAGCAGAAGGAUGUGAUUAUAUCAGUUUUAAAAUGAACAUUCCGUCAGCGAGUCAUAUGGGCGGAGUUUGGGAAAGGCAGAUCAGGACAGUUCGCAAUGUGCUUUCUUCUCUUUUGCAGGACUUUGGAUCUCAGUUGGAUGAUGAGGGUCUUAGAACCCUUUUCUGCGAAGCUAUGGCUAUUGUCAACAGUCAUCCACUUACCAUCUCGAACUUGCAUGAUCCGUUUGCCCCUGAACCAAUCACACCUAACCACCUUCUGACCAUGAAGUCUAAGGUUGUCUUACCACCACCUGGUGAGUUCCAGACGCCAGAUUUGUAUUGCCGUAGGAGAUGGCGCCGCAUACAAUACUUAGCCAAUGAAUUCUGGACACGUUGGAGAAAGGAAUAUGUUCAGAUUCUUCAGACGCGUACAAAGUGGUCGUCAACAAGAAGGAAUAUCCAAAUUGGAGAUGUCGUUAUAGUGAAGGAUGAUAACUUGCCCCGGAAUCAGUGGCAUCUUGGUCGUGUCAUAGAUACAUAUGCAAGCGAGGAUGGGUUGGUCCGUAGUGUUAGAUUAGCUAUCGGAGACAGCAAUCUGGACAAGAAAGGCAAGAGGAACGGUCAGCUUUCAGCACUUGAAAGACCUAUUCACAAGUUAGUCUUGUUGUUGGAGAACGAGACCGGGGAAGACCCCACCGAGGAGCCAUAUUAG